AUGCGUUAUUCAAGUACUUUUUUGAAGCUCACAAGUAAGCUGCUUCAAUCAUCUGGUCAUGUUGCCAAGCCAAUUUAUACAUCACCUUUUCGAGCACGAUUUCUACUAUUAAAUUUGGAUCUUCGGAGUUACAAAUUCUAUUCUGUUCAAUCUACAGAUGAAGCAGAAUCCGAGAUUGCCAGAAAAUGGUAUUCUGAGUUCAAUAAUUCUACUAUUCCGAGAAAGAUAGCCAAAACGCACUACACAGCGGCCGGAGGUCCUGGUGGUCAAAAAACAAACAAAACGGCUUCAAAAGCGAAUACAGUUUGGUCAAUGAAGGAUCUCGAUGCCAUUCUACCAUCAAUAAUAUCAAAAGGAUUACGCCGCGGCACACACUAUGUAAAGAACACAGAUGCAAUUCAGAUUCAGUGUGAUAGUAGUCGUAAUCGUACUGAUAAUCAGGAGGAGACACAUCGAAGGUUACAUGAAGAAAUCAAGAGCAUAUACAAUACAACAGUUCCAGGGAAAGCUUCCAUUGAGCAACAACAGAGAGUUAAGAACUUAACGAGAUUGCUCCAAGAGGGGUUUGAGAAGUUGUCCCAAGCAAAGCAUAUGAGUGAUAAGGAGAUCAAGACACAAACAUCAGCCAAUCUAGCGAGAUUGAGAAUGAAAAAGCAACAUGGAGAUAAGAAGAAGUCAAGAAGUGGCGGAAAAGGUGGUGGAGACUAUUGA